AUGCCGCUGUUCAACAAGAAAUUCGAAUCGAAACCGAUUCCAGCGCGUGUAAAUCGCUGUAAUAUUGGUUUUCCGGUUGUUAGCGAAGAUAUUGAUGAUUUCCGCAAGAUAUCCCUUAAUCUGGGCAAUAAAAAACUGCGUUUCGCCGAUGGCAUUUGGAUGCAUUCGGUGCGCAAAGGCGACGUCGAUGAUAUGCUGCGUUUGAAUAAAAAGUUUCGGGCAUUAGAGGAGGAGAAUAACAUGUGUAAUCUUAAGAUUGAGGUGAUGCUGGAUUUGCUGGCCGAACAUGCCACAGAACUGAAUGAACUGAAGCCGAAGGAGAAGUAAUUCGCAAAGAAAACAAGAAAAUUCGAAUAAAUAAAAUCUAUGUAUCA